AUGCUCUUAGUCGGAUCGGAUGUCAAGUGGGAAGAGAGAGAUGAGGAUACUAGUAAAGUGGCUACUAUUGGUGGCUCUCAAGAGGAGAUUGGUCCAUGCAAGGAUGUAAGGUUGGACAUAAAUGAUUUUCAAUUGCAGCAAGAACGUGAUCCAAUCCUUAAGCCACAUAUUUCCACUCACCGAAACGAACAUGGUUUAUUCACACGAGACCAUAAGAAGCAAGUGUUACUUCCAGCAUCGCUUGUUCCCAUCAUAUUAUCAUUAUCUCAUGACGAAACAGGGCACCAAGGAGCAGAUAAAAGCCUUGCAAGAACUGAACCUCAUUAUUGGUGGCCAAAGAUGAAAGCAGAAGUAGAGAACUAUGGAAAAACGUGCCAACGCUGUGCUGCUACUCUUGCCCAUGGACAUAGAAAAGCACCCAUUCAUCAACGACAAAAAUAA